CCGACAGUUGCAAACUCAACAACAUCGCAACCGCCCACGUCCGCUGUCGCUCCCUCCUAGUCUGCUUUGUCGCCGUGCUUUGCUCCUUCUCUUUUCGUUCUUGGCGGUUCUUUCUUUCUCGAAUUGAGCAAGCGCGGUCCUCCGCAGUUCCUGCUACAGCCCAUGGUUUUUGCCCGUGUGGCUAACCUCUUCUCGACUUCGAUUCCGAGCAACAACCUCGUUGAUGAUGGAGGCAAGGGCAGCUCGUUUGCAAUGGAGCCAGUGGGAGAGCUAUCGCAUGUUGGAAGCCAAGCGGCGUUCGAGGCGGAGAUAGACCAUGAGGCCGCUCGACCGCCGUACAGUCAUGCCAUGCUGGCCGGCGGCAUUGGAGGCACUACGGGAGACAUGUUGAUGCAUUCUCUGGACACGGUCAAGACUCGCCAGCAGGGGGACCCGCACAUGCCGCCAAAGUACACAUCCAUGGGCAACACAUACUACACAAUAUGGCGACAGGAAGGAAUACGGAAGGGACUAUACGGGGGAGUCCAGCCGGCGUUUCUGGGCUCGUUCUCAGGCACAGUACUGUUCUUUGGGGCGUACGAGUGGAGCAAGCGGACGAUGAUUGACUACGGCAUUGCGCCUUCAAUAUCAUACUUCACAGCCGGCCUCAUAGCUGACCUCGCCGCUGCCCCCGCAUACGUCCCCUCCGAAGUACUCAAAACCCGUCUCCAGCUCCAGGGCCGCUACAACAACCCCUACUUCAACUCCGGCUACAACUACCGCUCCACAAUCCACGCCGCAAGGACAAUUGCCAAGGUAGAAGGGUUUGGCGCUCUAUUCUACGGCUAUAAGGCAACACUGUGGCGCGAUCUCCCCUUCUCCGCCUUGCAGUUCGCAUUUUAUGAGGAAGAACGAGGCUUGGCAAAGCGAUACAUGGGCUCCAAUAACAUUGGCUUGCCACUCGAAAUACUAACAGCAGCGAGUGCAGGAGGAAUGGCAGGUGUCCUCACGUGUCCCUUGGACGUUGUAAAAACGCGAAUCCAAACGCAGCAUAACCCCACCGACCCUCCAUCUCCCCCUUCAAAACCUGCCACAUCCACGCUAAAGCCAUCCACCAAAUCCGCGUCAAAACAUUCGCCCUCCCCGAAACCAGGCAAACUUCCCCCGCAUAACCGACCGAUCUCCACUUCCUCCCCCUCUACCGCCCUCCGCAACCACAGCGCCGCGACACUCGAUACAUCCUCUGUGAUAACCGGGCUCAGGAUAAUAUACAAGACGGAAGGAAUUGGAGGAUGGUUUCGGGGUGUCGGCCCACGAUUUGUUUGGACAUCCGUGCAGUCCGGGACGAUGUUGGUUCUGUAUCAGACAUUACUGCGAUGGUUCGAAGAACAUCCGUUAGUGAAUAUGGAAGUUUGAAUUGUAUUAUAUGGUAUAGUGUGAUGUGUGUGCGUGCGUGCAUGCGUGCAUGCGUGCAUGUGUGUGUGUGUAUUCUAGGAGGAGGCAUGAUGAAUAGAUGUGAUGCAUUGGCGGCGUUUUUAAAGUGGAAGAUUCGGUUGAGCCCUGGCGUAGGAUACUGGUGGCUAGUUAGGAUAGAUUUCGGGCUGAG